UUAUAAAUAAAUUAAUCAACAAUGAAAAAAGCAAAAAUUAAUCGCAUUACAAUUCUUGACAAACUCCACCGAGGGGCAGUUUAUGCCUGCGUCGGUGUCACAUUGUAUGGAACAUUUUUACUAGGCCUCCGAGUUCAUCGUUUCUUUACCGUUGUUAAACCAGAAAGACAGCGUCAAGAACUCAAGAUGAUCGAAGAAGGCACACUCGAAAAUGUCGACAAAACACCCGAAUUAAAAUACUAAAAAUUGUUUAUAAAUUAUUUUUUAUUAUUUAGUUUUUUAGCAAAUAAAUAAAAUUUGAAUGUUCUACAAGUAAAA